AUGGUGUACGUUUCAGAGACUGUAAAGCUCAACAAUGGGUUGGAAAUGCCAUUGGUAGGUUUGGGACUAUGGAAGAUCCCCAACGAAGUGUGUGCAACACAGGUGUACGAAGCCAUCAAGCUGGGCUACCGUCUUUUCGAUGGUGCACAGGAUUACGGCAAUGAGAAAGAGGUGGGUCAAGGAAUUCGGAGAGCGAUAGAUGAAGGCAUUGUAGAAAGAAAGGACCUGUUUGUGGUUUCGAAACUGUGGAAUUCGUACCACGAUCCCAAAAACGUGAAACCGGCACUGCAAAGAACACUGCAAGACUUGGGACUUGACUACUUGGACUUGUUUUACAUUCAUUUCCCAUUAGCAUUCAAAUACGUGCCAUUUGAGGAAAAAUACCCACCAGGCUUCUACACGAGUGCGGAGGACGACAAAAAUGGCAUCAUCAGCUUGGAAAAAGUCCCUAUUCUUGACACUUACCGGGCUUUGGAGUCCCUAGUCGAAGAAGGCCUCAUAAAGUUGAUCGGAAUCUCGAACUUCCGCGGAAUCUUGAUCCACGAUCUGCUUGCAGGCGCCAAGAUUCCUCCUGUAGCCUUGCAGAUCGAACACCACCCAUAUUUGACGCAGGAGCAGCUCUUAGAGUAUGCCAAACAAGUUGAAAUCCAGGUGGUGGCCUACUCAUCUUUCGGACCGCAAUCAUUUAUCGAACUUGAUUCCGAGCUUGCCAAGACCACCCCUACGCUUUUCGAGCACGACACAGUCAAAAAGAUUGCAGACCGCCACAACGCUACCGCCUCUGAAGUCUUGUUGAGAUGGGCCACGCAAAGAGGCGUUGCAAUCAUUCCUAAAUCCUCUAACAAGGAAAGACUUUCCACCAACCUUGAGAUCAACGAGAGAUUGACCUUGACAGACUCCGAUCUAGCCGAAAUCUCGUCCCUCAACAAGAACAUCCGCUUCAACGAUCCAUUCACAUGGCUUGAUAGCAAGUUCCCUGUUUUUUCGUGA